GCAGGGGUCGCAGACCACGGAAAAGGCGUCCUCUCCUCCUCCACUUCAUCAUCAUCUUCAUCAUCAUCAUAAGCGGCGGAGGUGCAGGCGUGAGCGGCCAUGGCGGCGCAGAAGCCCGUGGAGUGGGUCCAGGCCGUCAUCACCCGAUUCGACGAGCAGCUUCCUGUGAAAGUCGGCGUGCAGAACACACACACUAAAAUCAGCACGGAGCACAAUAAGGAAUGUCUGAUCAACAUCUCCAGGUACAAAUUCUCCCUGGUCACCAGUGGACUCACCAACAUACUGAAGACCGUCAAUAACAUGCGGAUAUUUGGUGAUACUGCAGAGAAGAACCUUUACCUGUCCCAGCUUAUCAUCAUGGACACACUGGAGAAGUGCCUGGCAGGGCAACCAAAGGACAGCAUGCGUCUGGAUGAGACAAUGCUCUUAAAGCAGUUAUUGCCCGAGAUCUGUCAUUUCAUCCAUGCGUACCGUGAGGGAAACCAGCACGCGGCCGAGUUGAGGAACUCAGCCUGUGGGGUUCUGUUCUCUCUGAGCUGCAGUAACUUCAGCGCUGUCUUCAGCCGCAUCUCCACCAGGUUGCAGGAGCUGACCGUCUGCUCUGAGGAUAACGUAGACGUGCACGACAUCGAGCUCAUCCAGUACAUCAACGUGGACUGCUGUAAAUUUAAACGCCUCCUGCAAGAAACUGUGUUGAAAUUUAAAGCCUUGAAGAAGCCAGCCCAGUUGAGUGUCAUCUACAAUUUAGAGAAGGCGUUCUGGAACUGGGUGGAAAAUUAUGCUGAUGAAUUCACCAGGCUGUACCAGAGGCCUCAGGCAGACAUGGCUGAGUGUGCCGAGAAGUUGUUUGAUCUGGUGGAUAGUUUUGCUGAGAGUACAAAGAGGAAGGCAGCUGUUUGGCCCCUGCAGAUCAUCCUCCUCAUCCUGUGUCCUGACAUCGCUCAAGACAUGUCCAGAGACACGUCAGAUGACUCGAAAGACAACAAGGUGUGUCUGGCUCCGUCCUCACCUCCUACCUUUCAUUUCGUGCUGGUGAAUUCUCUCCACCGAAUCAUCACUAAUUCCCCGCUGGACUCAUGGCCGAAGAUCGAUACCGUGUACUGUUACUCGGGAGAGCUGCAACUCAUGUUUGCUGAGACUCUGGGGAGAGCGGUGCAGGGCUGCAGCAGUCACGCCCCCCUCCGUAUGACCUCGAGUUUGACGUUGAAAAUGAGCAGUCUGAAAUUUAAAGAGAAAACCACUGAUCUGGACACCAGGAGUCACAAGUAUCUGCUUUUGGCUUUAGUGAAACUCAUCCAUGCAGAUCCCAAACUGAUGCUACAUAAUCCAGGUAAACAGGGUCUGGAGGUCCACAGCAGCACGGCGGAUCUCAUCACAGGACUGGUGCAGCUUGUGCCUCUUGCUAACAUGGGAGAUAUUUCCCAAGAGGCCAUGGAGGCUCUUUUGGUCCUGCAUCAGUCUGAAAGCAUCGAACUGUGGAACCCAGAUGCUCCUAUGGAAACUUUCUGGGACAUCAGUUCUCAGGUGCUGUUCUUCAUCUGUAAGAAGCUGUUUGGUCAUCAGCUGAUCAACAGCACUGAGAUUCUGAAGUGGCUGCGAGAGAUUCUCAUCUGCAGAAACAAAUUUCUUCUCAGGAACAAGGAUCGGGCCACAGCAGGCAGCAACAUUGCCAUCUGCCGGCAGGCCCAGACCAAGCUGGAGGUCUGUCUUUACAUGUUCCUGUGGAGUCCAGACAUGGAGGCAGUUCUGGUGGCCAUGUCCUGUUUCCGCUACCUGUGUGAGGAGGCAGACAUCCGCUGCAGUGGGGAAGACAUUCCUGUGCAGUCCCUUCUGCCAAACUACAACACUUUCAUGGAGUUUGCAUCUGUCAGUAAUAUGAUGAUUACAGGUCGUUCGGCUCUACAGAAGAGAGUAAUGGCUUUGCUUCGGAGGAUUGAGUUGCCCACCCCGGGAAACACAGAGGCCUGGGAGGACACACAUGCUAAAUGGGAACAUGCAACCAAAUUAAUUUUAAGCCACCCGAAAACGAAACUAGAAGACAGUCAGGUGCCAAUUAAUGAGACCAACACGCAGUUUGUGGAGCAGACCAUCGCCAUCAUGAAGAACCUUCUUGACAACCAUACGGAAGGAAGCUCAGAGCAUCUGGGUCAAGCCAGCAUUGAGACCAUGAUGCUUAACCUGGGGACAGAGUUUGACACGCUGGCAGAGACUGCGCUGGCUGAUCGCUUUGAGAGGCUUGUGGAACUUGUCACAAUGAUGGGGGAUCAGGGGGAGUUACCUAUCGCCAUGGCGCUGGCCAAUGUGGUCCCUUGUUCACAGUGGGAUGAACUGGCCCGUGUUCUGGUGACUCUCUUUGAUUCGAGGCAUCUCCUGUAUCAGCUCCUGUGGAAUAUGUUCUCCAAGGAGGUGGAGUUGGCAGAUUCCAUGCAAACGCUGUUCCGUGGCAACAGCCUGGCCAUUAAAAUCAUGACGUUCUGUUUUAAGGUAUACGGGGCCACGUAUCUGCAGAAGCUGUUGGAGCCGUUGCUCAGGGCAGUGAUCACGGGUACUGAGUGGCAGAUGCUGAGCUUUGAGGUGGAUCCCACCAGACUUGAGACUGGUGAGAAUUUGGAGGAGAACCAGCGCAAUCUGUUACGGAUGACCGAUCGCUUCUUUCAGGCCAUAAUCGGCUCAUCUGGCGAGUUUCCUCCUCAGCUCCGCAGUGUCUGUCACUGUCUCUUUCAGGCUACUUGUCACUCUCUCCUGUCUAAAGCAUCUGUCAAAGACAGAAAGGAAGUGAGGAAAGCAGUGGUGAGACAACGUUUCCCACAGAACAGUAUUGGAGCAGUAGGUAGUGCCAUGUUUCUGCGUUUCGUGAACCCGGCUAUAGUCUCUCCCUACGAGGCUGGGAUUCUCGACAAAAAGCCUUCGCCCAGGAUAGAAAGAGGCCUUAAACUCAUGUCAAAGAUCCUGCAAAGUAUUGCCAACCAUGUUUUGUUCACGAAAGAGGAGCACAUGAGGCCGUUUAAUGACUUUGUGAAGAGUAAUUUUGAUGCAGCCAGAAGAUUUUUCCUGGACAUCGCCUCUGACUGCCCGGCGAGCGACUCUCUCAACCACAGCCUGUCCUUCAUUAGUGAUGGGAAUGUUUUGGCCCUGCACAGGCUGCUGUGGAACAACCAAGAGAAAAUCGGCCAGUAUUUGUCUAGUAACAGGGAUCAUAAAGCUGUUGGAAGGAGGCCCUUUGAUAAGAUGGCCACCCUGCUUGCUUACCUGGGUCCCCCAGAACACAAACCUGUAGCAGAUACUCAUUGGUCCAGCUUGAAUCUCACCAGCUCCAAAUUUGAGGAGUUUAUGACAAGACACCAGGUGCAUGAGAAAGAAGAGUUUAAAGCGUUGAAGACUCUUAAUAUCUUUUACCAGGCUGGAACCUCAAAGAACGGAAACCCUGUGUUUUACUAUGUAACUCGCAGAUUCAAGACAGGACAGAUUAAUGGGGACUUACUCAUAUACCACGUCCUUCUCACCCUCAAACCGUACUAUGCCAAGCCCUACGAGCUAGUAGUGGACUUGACGCAUGCUGGUCCGAGCAACCGCUUCAAGACCGACUUCCUCUCCAAAUGGUUUGUUGUCUUUCCAGGAUUUGCUUACGAGAAUGUGGCUGCCAUCUACAUCUAUAACUGUAACACAUGGGUACGAGAAUACACCAAAUAUCAUGAGAGACUGCUGACGGGCCUCAAGGGCAGUAAGAAGUUACUGUUCAUUGACUCGCCCGCACGGCUGGCUGAGUAUGUGGAACCAGAGCAACAGAAGCUUCCGGCAGCUACUCUUGCACUGGAAGAAGACCUGAAGGUCUUUCAUAAUGCCCUAAAACUGGCCCACAAAGACACCAAAGUGUCCAUUAAGGUGGGCAGUACAGCAGUACAGGUGACCUCAGCCGAACGAACACGAGUCUUGGGUCAGUCUGUCUUCCUCAACGACAUCUACUAUGCUUCAGAGAUUGAGGAAAUCUGCCUAGUGGAUGAAAAUCAGUUCACACUGACCAUUGCUAACCAGGGCACGCCGUUAACCUUCAUGCACCAGGAGUGUGAGAGCAUAGUUCACUCGAUUAUCCACAUCCGUACACGUUGGGAGCUCUCUCAGCCUGACUCCAUUCCCCAGCACACCAAAAUUAGGCCCAAAGAUGUUCCGGGGACCCUUCUCAACAUCGCCCUCCUCAACCUGGGCAGCUCUGACCCCAGUUUAAGGUCUGCAGCUUACAACCUCCUGUGUGCCUUAACAUGCACCUUUAACCUAAAGAUUGAAGGCCAACUGCUGGAGACUUCCGGCCUCUGCAUCCCUGCCAAUAACACCCUCUUCAUUGUGUCCAUUAGCAAGACUCUAGCAGCUAAUGAGCCUCACCUGACCCUGGAGUUCCUGGAGGAGUGUAUCUCUGGCUUCAGCAAGUCCAGUAUAGAACUAAAGCACCUGUGUUUGGAGUACAUGACUCCCUGGCUGCUGAACCUGGUACGCUUCUGCAAGCACAGCGAUGAUGCCAGGCGUCAACGAGUCACUGCCAUUCUGGACAAACUCAUUACCAUGACGAUCAACGAAAAGCAGAUGUAUCCGUCCAUUCAGGCCAAGAUCUGGGGAAGCCUGGGACAGAUAACAGAUCUACUUGAUGUAGUUUUGGACAGUUUUAUUAAAACCAGUGCAACAGGAGGUCUCGGAUCUAUCAAAGCUGAAGUGAUGGCAGACACAGCAGUGGCUUUGGCCUCUGGUAACGUCAAACUGGUGUCUAGCAAGGUGAUCAUUCGGAUGUGUAAAAUCAUCGAUAAGACGUGUCUAUCACCCACACCGACAUUGGAGCAGCACCUGAUGUGGGAUGACAUCGCUAUCCUGGCCAGGUACAUGCUCAUGCUGUCCUUCAACAACUCUCUGGAUGUAGCCGCCCACUUGCCCUACCUCUUCCAUGUUGUGACCCUGCUGGUGGCCACGGGGCCUCUUUCGCUGCGGGCAUCCACGCAUGGCCUGGUUAUCAACAUCAUCCACUCCCUCUGCACAUGCUCCCAGCUGAGUUUCAGCGAGGAGACCAAGCAGGUGUUGCGUCUAAGUCUGACAGAGUUCUCCCUGCCAAAGUUCUACCUGCUGUUCGGCAUCAGCAAGGUCAAAUCGGCUGCGGUCAUCGCCUUUCGGUCCAGCUACAGGGAUCGUUCGUUCUCUCCGGGCUCGUACGAGAGAGAGACCUUUGCUCUGUCAUCCCUGGAGACGGUUACCGAGGCAUUGCUGGAGAUCAUGGAGGCAUGUAUGAGGGACAUUCCAGGUUGUAAAUGGCUGGACCAGUGGACCGAUCUGGCGCAGAAGUUUGCAUUUCAGUACAAUCCGUCCCUGCAGCCACGGGCUCUUGUGGUAUUUGGUUGCAUCAGUAAACGGGUCACACAUACUCAAAUUAAACAAAUCAUACGGAUCCUGAGCAAGGCCAGCCCUCUACUCAGCAUCGACCGGGGUUUGGAGAGCUGCCUGAAGGGACCUGAUAACUGUAACAGCCAGGUGCUGAUCGAAGCAACCGUCAUUGCCCUCACUAAACUACAGCCUCUGCUCAACAAGGACUCACCAAUGCACAAAGCACUAUUCUGGGUCGCUGUGGCCGUGCUGCAGUUGGAUGAGGUGAAUCUGUACUCAGCCGGAACUGCUCUGCUGGAACAAAACCUACACACACUCGAUAGUCUGCGAGUCUUCAACGCUAAGAGUCCUGAGGAGGUUUUUAUGGAGAUUCGUCAGCCUCUGGAAUGGCACUGUAAACAGAUGGACCAUUUUGUUGGUCUCAACUUCAACUCCAACUUUAAUUUUGCUUUGGUCGGGCACCUGUUGAAAGGGUUCAGACACCCAUCUCCCACCACAAUGGCACGCACCAUCCGGAUCCUGCACAUGCUGUUGGCUUUGGUUGGAAAACACCUGAACUGUGAUAAGUUUGAGGUGAACACACAGAGCGUUGCAUAUCUGGCAGCUCUCCUCCCAGUGUCAGAGGAAGUGCGUAGCCGCUGCAGCCUGAAACACAGGAAGUUGUUGCUCCUCUCUGAUGUUACCAUGGAGAAUGUUCCCAUGGAUACGUACUUCGUACAUCAUGAAGAUCCUAGCUGCAGAACACUGCAGGAAAGCCAGCUGUGGGCAUCCCCAAAAAUCUCAGAACGGUACUUGGUGGCCCAGUACCCCAUAGUGGGGCAGAUCAGCCCACGAACACGCAAAUCCAUGAGCCUGGACAUGGGGCAACCUUCCCAGGUCAACACCAAGAAGCUUCUAGACACCAGAAAAAGCUUUGAUCACCUGAUAUCAGACAGCAAAGCACCGAAGAGGCCUGAAAUGGAAUCGGGUAUCACAACACCGCCCAAGAUGAGAAGAGUUGCUGAAAACGAAUAUGAAAUUGAAACCCCAAGAAUGUCACAUCACCACCUGCGGAAGGUCUCGGUGUCUGAGUCCAAUGUCCUGCUUAAUGAGGAAGUUCUCACAGAUCCUAAAAUCCAGGCACUACUGCUUACUGUGCUGGCCACUCAAGUGAAAAACACAUCGGAUGAAUUUGAGCAGAGUAUCCUGUAUGAGUUUCUAGCUGAGGCCAGUGUUGUCUUCCCAAAGGUCUUUCCUGUUGUUCACAACCUUCUGGACUCAAAGAUUAAUACUUUGUUGUCGCUGUGUCAGGACCCAAAUCUUUUGAACCCAGUCCAUGGAAUUGUGCAGAGUGUAGUUUAUCAUGAAGAGUCGCCACCUCAGUACCAAACAUCCUACCUGCAAACUUUUGGGUUUAAUGGACUCUGGAGGUUUGCUGGUCCUUUCUCUAAGCAAACUCAGUUCCCAGACUAUGCGGAGCUGAUUGUCAAGUUUCUGGAUGCACUGAUUGAUACCUAUCUGCCCGGCAUCGAUGAGGAAACGAGCGAGGAGGGUCUGCGGACACCCACCUCACCAUACCCUCCACCUGUCCAGAGCCAGCUCAGCAUCACUGCCAACCUCAACCUCUCAAAUUCAAUGACCUCACUGGCCACCUCCCUGCAUGCACCAGGAAUCGAUAAAGAGAAGGUGGAUCUGUCCCCCACCACGGGUCUGGCAGCUAGCGGACGCACACGCCACGGUUCAGCCAGCCAGGUCCAGAAACAACGCAGCACCGGCAGCUUUAAAAGACCUAGUAUCAAAAAGAUUGUAUGAGACCUACAGCACAGCAGGGUUUAGCCCCUGCUGGACCUCUGACAUACAUUGCGCUGCAUUUUAUGCAGUUUCUCUUCACUUCUGCUAAACCCACCAUUUACGGUUAUCUUUAGGUUCUCUUGAAACUGUUCAGCCGUGUUUACCAGGAAUCAAAAUAAACUGAACGCCUCUUUUAAAACCAGUCACUGUUUGACAAAGUAUGGGAGGAAGUCCAAUAAGUUUUUGGUUUUGUUUGUGCAUAACAGAAUUUUAACUUGGUUAUUUUAUUUUUUUUCUUACUUUUGAAUCACAGACAUUGUUUAAAAGCACUAAUUUCUGUCUUAAAUUUAAUAGAUGAAAGUAUUAACCAAGUGCCAUUCUUUUGUUCAGAUGUAUUUGAUUUUAUUUACUUUUGUGGUCAUUUCUUUUUAGAAUGAUUUUGUUUCCUGAAAAGUCAACUCUAAUGAGCAAAAAUUUGUGAGCUGUACCCUAAAACAAAAAUGUACAAUCGUUAAUGCAGUACUGCAAGAAUUAAUCUUUAAUAGACUUUAAAUUUUAUAGUGCAAGGAGGAAAUAUUUGUAAGAGACGAGUUAAGUUGCUGGUCCAUCUAAACUAUGAUCCCUGUCCAAAACCCCACUUAAUUUAUCAAAUUUCUUUGUGUGAAUUUCUGAAUUUUGAUUGGCCUGAUCUAUCUGAAAUGUAUUUGCUGUUAUUUCUCAAUCUAUUACAGCUCUUGUGGUUAUGAUAUGUCAGUAUUUGGAUUAGAGGGGAAAGUUUUAAGACAAUGUAAUUUAGCGUAUAAAAAAAAAAACAGUUUUGCAGGAAAAAUAACAAUCAGCUGUCAGCUGAAAAAACAUUCAGAUAUAAAAUGAAAAAGGGGGGAGACAGCAAAGAUCUCAUUGGGUUUCACUAUGAUAUAUGGCCCCUUGAACAAAAAGGGGACAACUCUCGUGCUUUUUUCAAAGUUUACUUGAGCCUUAUUUCUUAACAUGUUUUGUUUCUUUUGCUUUGUGAACUUUAACAUUCUGGGUUCCACAAGUCUGUACCAUCCAGUUUUGAGUUUGUUGGACUGCAACAGGUUUUAUUUACUGGUCAUGUACAGUAAAUGUUAUGCCCUGUGUGCUGAUGUUUGUAUCUUUGUUUGUUUUAUUUUCCUCUCAAAUGAAAUCCAAGCUUGAAAUCUUUUAUCGUUACCCCAUAUACAAUGGUGCCAUUUUUACUCUUAGACAUGUUGAAAUCUGUGUAUGUGGGGUGGAGGUCAAUUUUAUUUUUUUCAGUUCUUCUAAUCGUUUUUAUAUUGGUAUGUCUUAACGUGAGAAAUGUCAAGGGUUGAACAUGACUUUAAUGGCAGAGAUUGUUGGAUGUUUCAAACACUAGAGUGAAGUUUUUUCUCUUUCAGCACUUGAGGUUAUGCAAAUUUUACAUAAUUGUUAUCUUUUGUUUCUUUUUUUUAUGCUGAGAACUUCAACUCUGUAAAAAUGUUUUGUGUAAAAAUAGAAAAGUAUAUUUACUACACUGUAAAUACAAGUGACUAUGACAUUGUAUUAUUUUGCUUUUUGUAAAGCAGUUAAUUACCGAAUAUGUACAACAUUAAAUAUGAAUUACUGUCAAUCAUGUUCACUGCAU